AUGGUUGGAAGACCAGAUAUCGAAGAAAGUAGAACAAAAUAGGCGAAUUCAGAGCACGUGGAUCGUGUCGAACGAUCGUUAAUCUUCUUCCUCGCGAUCUCUCGGUUCGAAACCACGAACGACAAGUGGUCCCGGGAUUCGAUCACGCGAGACAAGGAAUAUCGCGUGAAGAAACGGGAUACCACGGUCCCCUCUCGGUCUCCAAAGAACAAACGGAAGGAAUGGACCCCCUGUUCACCGUUUAUUUUACGACGUGAAAAAGGUGGCAGCACCAUCCGGAUGGUGAAAGUCCUUCGACGAAGAGGAAGGAGUGGUGGUGCACAUAUAGAGGGGCGAGAGGGCGCGGCUUGUCCAGACACUCUUUGUCCUGACAACGACGAUGACGGCGACGACCACGACGGCCACGAUGUCGCCGAAGUUCCUGUUCCUUCUCGGAUCCCUCUUUCUGUUCGCCGGUGAGUACACUGUAGCUGUUGCUACGUCUUCUCUAUUUCCGUUUCAUUCACGAACAUCGAGCAUCGCGGCAACAGGUUGUUUUUUUCACAUUUUCUUUUUUUUUUUUUUGAAGAAUUAAUGGAAAGAAAGUUGAAACUUUCGAACUAACUAAAAUUUCGAGAUCUCGAAGUUUGAAUUUAGAUGGAAGUUACGAGUUUUAA